AUGAGAUAUUUAAAAAAGCACGUGAAUAUACACAGUGGAGAGAAACCCUACGAAUGUCAGCUGUGUGGUAAACGCUUCGUCUGUCCCAGUUACUGUCAAAAACAUGUGAAAAUGCACAAUGGGGAGAAACCCUAUAAAUGCACCCAGUGUGGGAAAGCCUUCACGGCUCUUUCAUACUUUGAAAGUCACAGAAGAAUUCACACUGGCGAGAGACCCUUUGUAUGUAAACAGUGUGGGAAAACUUUCAAUUGGUCCACCUCCUUACAGGUGCAUAUGAGAACACACUCUGAUGAGAAAUCCUAUGAAUGUAACCAGUGUGGAAAGAUGUUCAUACACUCCUUCUCGCUGAAACUGCACUUACGGCGGCACAGUGGAGUGAAGCCCUACGAGUGUAAGGAGUGUGGGAAAGCCUUCAGUUGUCCCUCAUACUUUCGAGAGCACGUGAGAAUGCACACUGGAGAGAAACCCUAUGAGUGUAAGUAUUGCUGGAGAGCCUUCAGCUUUUACUCCUCCCUGCAAGAGCAUGAGAGAACUCACACUGGUGAGAAGCCCUACAAAUGCAAGCAGUGUGGGAAAGCCUUCACCUGGCCAACCUCCUUACGCUUACACAUGAGGACACACUCUAAUGAGAAGCCGUACGAGUGUAAGCAGUGGCCUGGUGACAACGACUGCUACGGGUGGCUCCCCUCCUCUGGACACGGAGAGCGCGCAUUGGACCCCGCGCCGCACACCGGGACGAGAGCGCGCAUUGGACCCCGCGCCGCACACCGGGACGAGAGCGCGCAUUGGACCCCCGAGCACGCAUUAGCCCCCAGAGCGCACACCGGGCCCCGAGAGCGCGCGGUGGACCCCAAGAGGGCGGCGGCUGGCCACCGGCUCCUCAGGACAGAAGCCCUUGCGGCAGGCUGCGCGGCGAGGGGCGUGGAUCGCGCGGGGUCUCGCGAGAACAGGAGCCGAGCCCGAGCCGCCUGA